AAAAACCUCGAAGCGCUCUAAGUAAAUCUUUGCAUUGUCGAUAAUAAAACAGUGAUGUGAUACAAUAAAACAUUUAUUUCAUUAUUCUUGAGACAACUACAUAAAAAAUCUAUACAUUUUCGAUAAAACAACAAUUAAUGAAUUAAAAUAUUCGAAUAAUUAAAUUCAUGUAAUUAUCUUGAAUGCUGUCAAAACGAUCGGUAAUGUUAUCAAUCUUCGAUUAUAUCCGGGUUCACUGAAUCUAUUCACUGAGCCUACUUGACUUUUAUUUAUUAUUGGGAUCAUUUGAGUUUGAUAUUCUCAUAGAAUCACACUAAUCCAUAGAUUAUACUUUUUUAAAUACAAAUGCUACUUACAUUAUGAAUUGAAAUAUAAUCUAUUGUAUAAUCUAGAUUAACAUGAAAUAAUUUUAAUAUUAUGGACAUUGUCAAAGAUACAAAGUCAGAGCAUAUUGCUUUGACAGAUUCCAAUGAAAAGACAGAAUUGUGUGCUGACAAAGUAAAGUCUGAAACUACACGACCUAAUCAUCAAGAAUUAAUAAAAUUGACUAGAAUGACUAUAGAUAAUAUGAUCAAGAAUGAUCCAUUGCUCUGCAAAUUGCCUUCAGAUGUUACGAUGGAAGAAGUUAAAUCACAAAUUGCAGUUGCGCAAGGACAAGCUAUAACUUUAUUCUUAAAUCGCGGAGAAUUGCCAAAGCUUGCAGUGGUGAUUCCACCACAUAAUACAACGGUGCUUGAUUUGAAAAAGGCUAUAAAGCGACACAUGAAUUUAUCCUUGAAAAGGGAAAAUGUCAAGAAGAAGAUAAGUUGGAAACAUAUUUGGAAGAAAUAUCAUCUUUGUUUUGAAGACAUUAGACUUACUAAUGACAAUGAAAAUAUUAAAGCUUACAAUAUCACUAAUAAAGCGGAAUUACAUUUUGCAAAGAGACGAAGAGAAAAGAAUAAAUUGCUAAAAGAUUAA